CCGGUAACGAUAUCUGAAUCUGUACAUUUUCCACUAUUUCUUUUCAGAUUUGGUUUGCCGAUGAAUAAUUUUUGGGGUACCCUGAUUUUAGUCAGCCGUACAUACUUACCGUAAAACACUUAAAAUACUUUACAUUUGCGGUUUAAUACAAAAAAAUAAUUUCUCUUGCUUAUCUGUGAUAUUGAAAUGAUUAUGAAUAAUCUUUGAUAAUUCAAUUACUAUAGAGGAAGUCAUAACGCAUUCCCUUACAUUAUUUUACUUAUUUAUUUGAGUCAAGAAAUAAUACUGGGACACCCAUUGAUCAUUUACGGUAACUCCCAGCGUUCAUUUCGAUUAAAUAUGGCUACCUGUAAUCUCUUCGACGAAGACGUUGUCUGUCAAGUUAGCCCCGACAAGGGCUAUGUUUUCGGUUUGAUUAUAGAAAAUUCAGAAUUUCUCAGCAGCAGCGAAGAUGAAGAAGAUGAUACUGAUAUGGAUGAUGAAAGGGUUAAAAGAGGGUCCGUGCGUGUCGCGUGGCAUCCGGAUGGCAAAGAAACCGUGGUUGAAGAAAGUAAGUUGAUAUUGGUAGAUAGAUCUGUUAUGCCCGGUGAUGUUAUAAGAAGGAUAACUAAUGGUAAAGAUAGUCAACAAGGCUUUGUACAAGAUAUGGAUAUUAUUUGUCAUGUUCAUAUACUUGGAACAGAUAAAUAUAUUUAUAAUAUCAACUCUAAAGAUCUUAUACCUAUAGAUGAAUUUGAUACAAAUCCAGGGGAAGUAACUCUGGAUUCCUGGAUUGGUGGAAUUGAGAAUAUAAACAGAAAAAUAACCAUAAGAAUGCCAGAUGGAGCAAGGUGUAAAAUAUCGGAAGAUGACUUGUGUGAAUUUGAUAAUAUGGAUGAUAAAAGAUCUAGGCAUUCAGAAUUUUGGAACAGUAGUUGCUAUCCUCAAGAAAAAUUUAAAGGUUGUUUAGGAGAUCUACAUGAUGCUGAAUGGCUUCAUUCUACGAUGUUUAAUAAUCCACGAAAUGUGGACCAUAAACAACACAGUCCAAUACAGUUUGUUGUUGAAUCAAUUGAAACAGAAAGUGUAGAAGUACAUUGGUUGUGUCGAGGUUUUUCGCAUGUAGAAGAUCCACAAAUUAAAGUAGAACCACCACCUAAUAUUGUUGAGGGAGAUAAAUUAAAGAGAUUAUUUCAGUUAGAUUGGUUUUGCCACUGUAGUGUACAGAUAGGAGAUAGAGCUUAUUAUGUAAUAAAAGAAUGUGAUAAAAUAGAGACUACACCACCUAAAGAAUCUGUUGUUCCAGAUGGUUUAACUAAACUAGGAGAUCAAAUAUCAGAAACUUUGAAAGAUAAGGAACAUGUAGAAAAUGGUGAGAAUAAAACAGAAGGUAGUUUAUUAGAUGCUGUUUUAAAUGGUGUUGAUGGUGAAGAUGGUGGUGAUGAUGGUGAUGAUGAAUAUGAAGAUAUUGAUGAAGAGUCAGAUGAUUCAGAUGCUAGUUCCGUACAUUCCGGUUCAUCUCAUGGAUCAUCUGCAGGUCGAAAGAAAAAGAAGAGUCGUAAGAAACCCACACUUCAGUUGAAAAUGAUGAAGAAAAACAAAGGUCGUCGACCAAGAAUGAAAUUUAAUCUUCCAGAACGUAGUUUAGCAGUUGGAGAAAAAGUUCCUGUAGAGAUAUGUUAUACUUUAUCUAAAGCUAAUGUUAUGUGGCAGGAUGGAUCAGAAGAAUCUAAUGUUCUAUCAGCGGAUUUAUAUCCUAUCCAUCAUUUAGAUGAACUAGAAUUCUUUCCAGGAGAUUUUGUUGUUGAUGCUAAAGAUACACAAGCUUGUAGUAAUUAUGGUGUAGUGUCAGAUUGUGAUCAUAAAGCUAGAACUUGUCAUAUAAAAUGGGUUAAACCAUAUGAUGUUGGUAAAUCUAAAAGACCUACAGUAUUAACUGAUGUACAUGAAGUUAGUGUUUAUGAUAUUAAAGAUCAUCCUAACUAUAAAUUUCGACCAGGACAUAGUGUUAUUAGAGUUGGAGGUUUUGAGGAUACAGAACAGAAAUUAGAAGCUGUAGGACAAGUAUACAGAUUAAACUCAGAAGGAUUUUUAAAUAUAAAAUGGUCUAAUGGUAAUAUCAGUGAAUGUUGUCCACAAGAAUUAUAUAUAGUUAGUGAUGAUUUAAGUGAAUUUGGCGAUUCAGACCACAGUUCUUCUAGUGAUAGUGAAAGUGAAAGUGGUUCAUCAGGGAGUGAUGCAUCAUGGGAAACAGAAACAGAAGAAGAAAUAGAUGAUGAGGAUGUUGAAAAAGAUGAAAGUGAAAAAGAGAAAAGGGCCUGUAAACUAACAGAAAGUGCUAAAGAAGAAUUGAUCAUGAAAAUAUCCGAAGCUCACCAUGCCCUAACUACACAAGGUGAAAUAUUGACCGCAACAACUUCAGCCAUGUUGGAUUUAUCACAUAUCUACGAAAUUAUCAUAAGAUUUUAUAAAAGUUGUAAAGGCAUUGAUAAAAUCUUGAAAACUAAAUAUUUUGAAGAUGAAGAACUAGUUGCAUGGAUUAAUGACCUGCGUAAAAUACAUCGUGAAGAGAAAACGAAAAAAAUAACGAAGCAUUUAAAUCAGUUAUAUAAUACGUGGAACCAUGGCCUGAUUGAGAGGAAAUUGAAGGAAAGUCAAAGCAUAGAAUCAGAGAUGGAUCUUGAUGAUUCGAUUUUAUCACCUCUCUCUAGUCCAGGAGAUUUUAUGGUAAAUGGGGACACCGCCAAAUCUAUCACUGAUAAUCCAUUUAGUUUAGAACCCAAGUCCGAUGAUUGUAGCUCUACUUCUCUCCCACUUUUGACAGCCGAAGAUAGCUCUAGUCAAUCUAACUGUGAUAUAGACUCCAUGAAUAGAAUGUGUUCCUCUGAUAGUAACUCAAAUAAUCAUGCAUGUUUAUCUAAUGGCGUUUCAGACAGUAAUUCUCGUGAUAUGGACAAAGCAGAGCCGUUAGCUGGGGCAACAGAGAAAAAUGGGGCUAUUUGUGAUAAUACAAACAAUACUUCCACAGCUGCAGAAACAAAUGAAUCGUUGAUUGAGCUCAAAAUCGCACAAGAGAGAAAGUUGUCCAUUUGUUUAAAAAUAAACUUACGUCUUAAUGCUAUUAUUAAUUCUAAAGUUCAAUCAGAACUGAAUCAUCAUUGCAUUGAGAAUCUAACCAUGCCAUUUGAUUCAACAAAUGCAUCCAAUGAUGUCAAAAAUUCCUCACCGGAGGUAGUUCAAGAAUCUCGCGAGAAUGACGAUGAGGAUUUAGUUGAGAGAAUGUGUCAACAACAUCAAGCACAAGAUAAUAAAACAGAAGAAGAAUUAGCUACAUCUGUUAGUCUGGAUGAUUGUAGAAUAGCAAUAGAAGAGUUAGGAUCCCCACUUUCACUUACAGGUUUUCAGUAUUAUGGAGAUUUACCAUUAGGCCAUCAUUACUAUAGCAACAACCAUACUCCUAAGAACUCAAGAUCUUUCAUGGUUGCUGUUCAAAAAGAGUUAAAGUUAUUACAGACAAGUCUUCCAGCCGGUAUAAUAGUUAAAGGAUUUGAAGAUAGAAUGGAUGUAUAUUCUGUGAUGGUUGUUGGACCGUCUAAUACACCUUAUGAAGAUGGUUUAUUUGUGUUUGAUCUACAACUAUCAUCUGAUUACCCUGUAUCACCGCCAUCUUUCCAUUAUAUAUCAUACUGUACGGAACGAUUAAAUCCUAAUCUAUAUGAAGAUGGUAAAGUGUGUAUCAGUUUACUAGGUACAUGGUCUGGAAAGGGAAAUGAGUUAUGGUGUAGUAAAUCAAAUCUAUUACAGAUAUUUGUUUCUGUUCAAGGACUGAUUUUGGUAAAAGAACCUUAUUAUAAUGAAGCAGGUUAUGAGAAACAAAAGGGAUCUGAACAAGCACAUGAAAACAGUAGAAUGUACAAUGAGAUGGCUAUACUUAAACUUGUUCAAUCAAUGACUGCUAUGGCAACUCGACCACCAAAAGUGUUUGAAAACGAGGUCAGGGAUCAUUUAUUAGCCAAUGGACCAAGAAUGAUAAGACGACUAAGGAAUUGGAUUGAUUUGUCUGGAUAUUCCAUCUCAAAGCCAGCAAUUAAAUAUGGAGAAAGUAGCACACCAUGUUCGAAAAUGAACAUCACAACACAGACAAUUAAUGGAGAUACCCUGGACACUGCUGUCAGUACGCAAAUUGUAACUAAUGGUACAGAAACAGAAACUAGUGAUAGCCAUAAAGUAAAUGAUUCUACAAGUGUUGAUCCCCAAUCCCCUAAAGCAAUCUGUGAUAACCCUAAUGUAAGUGGAGAUAACUCUAAAAUAAACAAUUCAACACCAGGUGAAACUAGUGAUCAGUCUCUCCAGGGAGCAGUAUGUGAUGCUGGUGUUGAUCAAGGAGCAGCAAGUAAACCAGAUUUUCCAUUAUUCCCAGUCUCUAAAGGAUUUUGCAUAUCUUUAUCAAGUAAUUUAGAGAAAUUUGAAAUGAGCUUACAAAUGUUACAGCAUAAAUAAUUCAUUCUAAGUUUGAUUCACAAAUUUAAGAGAUGAAUAUAAUAAAAUUGAUGAUAACCAUGUGCUUUCUUUUCUUUUUUGUAACAGAAAUUUAUUGUUUUUGGUACAUUGUUUCUUUCUUUGCAUACUUUAGUUAAGGGAAAGUUACAUGUGGAUACAGAUUAAAAAUUUAGUUGUAAAAAUAAGCAUUUCAAUUAUCAAGAUUAUUUUUUUUUCUCCAUCAAAUGUGUUCGGGUUGGGUUUACAAUCAUGGUUGGUUGAUUACUUCUAUCACCAUAUUAUCAUUCAUCAAACCUAGAUUUUCAAAACAUUUCACGGAUUAGGUUGUUGAUCUAUUUAAAUGAAUAAUGCUUUCUGUAAUUUCUAAUAUUGAAUGGUUCAACCCUUUAACCUUUCUUUUAUUUUUGCUUUUAUAUAUUAACUUUUUGCCCUUACUCAUUGUAUGUUGGCCAUAAGAAAAACAAACAUAAAGAUAUUUUAUGUAUACUUAUUGCAUGACUGGAAUUAUAAUUUAUUUUGUCAAACAAACUCAGGACAGUUUUAAUUUAUUCAAUAAAUAUUAAACAGAAUUGUUUUGUGAACAAAAAACUAAUUGCUUCAAAUGGUUUUGGAAAAAUAUAUAUUUCUUUGUCUUACAAAAUGAUGAUUUUUAAAGGUUCGAAUGACAGUGGACAUUGUAUACAACAUUGUAUAUAUUUGGUAAUAGUAUUGAAAAGUGCGAGAACUAAGAGCAGAACACUUUCCAUUGAACUAGUAAAACAAAUUUGAUAGCAGGUAUUACUGUAUAUUGAAACUUAUAAUUUUAUUAGUCAUUUUGAAUAAUAUGAUAGAACUGUAUGUUAGUGCUAAGAAAAUAAUAUAAUUAUAAAAGUGAAUGCUACAGCAAGAAAUGGAGUGCUCAAUAUCUUGUUAUUGUACAUUGUUUAGCUAUAGUUUGGUGAUAUAAACCCUAUCAUAACAUUUCAUAAUACCAUAAAAAGGAGAUGUCCAUUGUGUACUAAUUAUUUAAUGUCAGUAAACAAUAUUUUUGAUGUGAAAUAUUGAAUAACAAUAGGCAUUGUACAAGAUAAAUGUAACAAAUAGAGUCUUGAGUAUCAAAAAGUAGGUGGACUUUUAUGUUAUAAAGAAUUUUAAGCAUUCUUCUAGUUUUUGACACUCUAGUGCUAUUUAUUUAAUUAUUACCUAUAUUGAGCUUUAUAUAAACCAAAGUCAAGAAAUCCAAAAAAGAUGUUGGUAUUGUUUAAUGUUAUGAACAAAUGGACAUGAUAAGUGAAUACAGCAUAUGUUAAUUCAUUUCAUGUACAUGUAAUACGUGUAAAAAAAACAAUAAAUGGACAUGGUCAACAUGUUUUAAAAAUUUCUUAUAAUUUAAUAAUGAUGGUGAAUUGUUCUUAUUGAUUGACUACAUACAAUUGUAUAUGCACAAAAUUCUAAUUACGUUAAAAAUUCUCUCAAAUGAAUUGAAAUAAAUUAUGAGCAAGUUAA